AUGAGAUCGGCCCCUUAUCACCAUUACCACCACCAAAAUCACCAAAAUCACCAAAAUCAAAACCAUUCGGAAAACUUCAAGUUUGAGGCGUUUUCAAACCCACAGGACAAGUUUGCCAAAACUUUUAGAGUACAGAGCAACGUUGAUCCUGCCAGUCUGGUUUUGGGCCUGGGUGUCAAGUCUGAGAAACGAGAGGCCAAUGGUAUAUCAAUGACUGCAACUUCUAGACACCAGGCCGCAAAAUCUUUUGACUUUGCUGAGAUUAGUGCGCAGUUGCCUCCAAACACCGGUCCACCAGGUACAGUGCCUGUGACGAAUGGAUCAAGUUCCACCAACAACAAGAAUCUAAGCCAUGUGCCCUGCAAGUUUUUCAAACAAGGCAUGUGUCAAGCUGGCGAUUCUUGUCCUUUCAGCCAUAAUAUCGAAGGUGCCUUGUCUGCUGAUAAGCUACCAUGCAAGUAUUUCCUAAAGGGCAAUUGCAAAUUUGGGCUAAAGUGUGCCUUGGCUCAUUAUUUGCCCGAUGGAACUAGGGUCAAUCCCAAGAAUUUCUUACCGAAUACCACUGCCAACGGCAAUGGCCAGGGACUCCAAGUGCCCCAAGCACCUCAAGCACCUCAAAGACCUCAAGCACAUGCACAUGCACAUGCACAUGGUGGUAAUGGAUACCAACGAAAUCGCCAUUACUCCUCGCGCCUGUCACCCAAUAAUUAUCAAUCUCAACUUCAAUAUGACCCAACGGGCACAUCUCCCGAUUACGAUUUACGUUUAAGCUUAAAUAACAACGAUAAUGGUGGUGCUGGUGGUGUUAAUGGUGGACUUUAUCCUAGAAUUGCGCUGGUUGGCGCAGCUACAAUUCUUCAAAGUGUAAACCAAAACCAUAACCAUAACCAUAACCAUAACCAUAAUCUCAACCACACCCUUGACCAUAAUUUCUCCAAGUUUAACUUUAACUCAAGUGAGCAACAACAACAACAACAACAUUUUGGUCAAAGACUGCUGUCAUUUUCUCAACCUCAGGGCCAAGGUCAAACGCCAAUUUCACUAAAUGCCGUGCAAAGAGAAAGCCUUGCCAGGUCGGGUUCAUUCAACCAACACAACUACCACCUUCCAAAUGCAGUUGCCGGGCAAUUUUUCGAUCCUCAAGGCACUUCACCUAACGGCCCACAAUCAAGACAAGGCAUAAAUCAGAUCCAAAAUCAAAUUCAGCAUAAAAGACUGAAUCUGAAUUAUUUCCAUCAGAAUGGUGGAGUAAGUGGUGGAGGUGGAGGAUCUUACUCCUAUGGGGUCAACAAUUAUGGAAAUGCAUUUGCUCCAAUACCAGCAGACUCACAACCAAUCAAUCUCUCUCAGCCUCGUUUGAGUAGGUCACUAUCAACUGGCUUUUACAGUCCCAUGGUUACAAAUUCAAGUUCCCCUCCUCAAGUUUUUUCAUCGUCGAGCCAAUAUCAACCUGGCACCACCCCAACUUCAGUGACUCCGACUUCAAGGUUUUCCUUUGGCUCACGUUAUUCUACAUCUCAAUCACAAAUGGAUCCAAAUUUCCUACAAGAAUAUCACCUUCAAGAUGGAGUUGGCUCCGCGGUGAUUCUCGAUGAUGAUGAAGAAGAAGAAGAACAAAGACAAGGACAAGGACAAGUACAAGGACAUCAACAUCAAAAUGGACGUGAGAUGCAGGUUGCCGAUAAAUUUGUCGCAACCAUGGUUGGUGCAAGUGUAUUUGAAGAGGAUUUCUUGCCGAGUUCACUAGCUGACGUCAUAUUGACGCCCCAGGAGUUGCAACGUCGCGACUCAAGGUCCCAGAGCGGCACUUUAAAUAUACGUCCCAACAUGAAGGAUAUCUGGGAUAAUUCGAGAUACCCAACUAAUGACUUCGCCACGAGAGGCGAUGACAAAUUGACGCAGCAUGACGACUUGUUUUUAAUGGAAUAG